CUAGUUUCUAUAUCCUUGACUUGAAGACUUUUUAAAGCUGAAUGAGCCACGUAGAGCAUGAGGAAGUGGCCUCUCGUGGAGAUAUUUUCCUCUUUCAUGUUUUAACUUUCUCUUUCGCACACAGCCUACGCGUGAGAGUGACGAGGAGGAAGGAUACCACCGAGUGAUGCAAAAAGAAAUUCCACCAGCCUCCAGACACCAUCAUGUGUCACGUCCCACACAGCCCUCCGAGCUCUUGCUUCAAAUCGCCCCAGUCCAUUCCCGGUGAAUAAGCUGAAGACUUUGCUCUUGUGGGGGGGAAGAAGAUGACCGACGACGAGUUUGGAUAUAUUCACAUGCUGGCCCAGGACUAUCUGAAGUAUGUCCUGCAGAUACCACAACCUGGAUCUGGUCCAAGCAAAACAUCUAGAGUGUUACGAGACGUGGCUUUCUCCGUCCAAAACGAAGUUGAAAAGAAUUUGAAACCAUGCUUGGACAAUUUUGAUGUUGUGUCCAUAGACACUGCCAGAAUAAUAUUCAAUCAAGUGAUGGAAAAGGAAUUUGAAGAUGGCAUCAUUAACUGGGGAAGGAUUGUGACCAUAUUUGCAUUUGAAGGUAUUCUCAUGAAGAAACUUCUGCGAAAGCGAAUUGCCCCAGAUGUGGACACGUACAAGGAGAUUUCUUACUUUGUCGCCGAGUUCAUCACCAAAAACACAGGACAGUGGAUAAGGCAAAACGGAGGCUGGGAAAAUGGCUUUGUAAAGAAGUUUGAACCCAAAUCUGGCUGGCUGACCUUUGUGGAAGUUACAGGAAAGAUCUGUGAAAUGUUAUGUCUCCUGAAGCAAUACUAUUGACUAAAAAGGACACUCCAUAUUGUGAAACUUGCCGAAUUUUCUUGACUCUUACAGAAGGAUGACCAAUUCUUACCUUGUACUUCUAAAUAAAAAACUCUGAUGGUGGGAUUAGAGUUAUGGAAAUUCUGUCCCCGUUUUAAUGAAUAAAUUGUAUGUAUUUGUC